GUGUUUUGUCAAAUUUUUUGACAUUUGUCCAAAUAUUUCCUAGGUUUGGUCGAUUGUGGAUGCGAAUUUUAAGAAUAAAAUUUAUUUAUUCUUUGUAUUGCUCCUCAAAAGAGAAAAGUUCUUUGUUGAAGCGAUAUUAAAGAAAUACUCUUGUUAGGUAUGCCGAAAAUCAAACUGCAGUCGUCCGAUGGCGAAAUAUUCGACGUUGAAGUGGAGACCGCUAAAUGCUCGGUUACCAUCAAAACCAUGUUGGAAGAUCUAGGUAUGGAUGACGAAGAGGAAGAAAUAGUGCCUCUGCCCAAUGUUAAUUCAGCCAUUCUUCGAAAAGUCCUACAAUGGGCUACCUUCCACAAAGAUGAUCCACCGCCACCCGAAGAUGACGAAAGUAAAGAAAAAAGGACUGACGACAUUUCAUCGUGGGAUGCUGAUUUCCUGAAAGUCGAUCAAGGAACACUGUUCGAACUGAUUUUAGCCGCCAAUUAUCUGGACAUUAAAGGCCUGCUAGAUGUCACCUGCAAAACUGUUGCCAAUAUGAUCAAGGGCAAAGCGCCUGACGAAAUUCGCAAAACGUUCAAUAUUAAGAAUGAUUUUACAGCCUCCGAGGAGGAUCAGGUUCGAAAAGAAAAUGAAUGGUGUGAAGAGAAAUAGCUCAUGAACUUUGUGUAUUUGUUUUGAUUUAAAUUAUUAUCUUUUUCACUUUUUUUUGUUAAAGCUAUCAACCGAUAUUUACUAAAUUAUGAUCAGAUUAUAUUAGGAUUAGUAGCUGCUUAUGUAAUACUGUCUGUACGUUAUCGGCGCAGUUACUCGUAUCAACUGUGUAAUAUUUUUUUUGUAUUCGCGUUGCGAAAUAAAAUUUGUAAAAUAUG